GUCAUAGAGACAGCAUCGUGACAGAGCCAGCAACCCUUCUGUCCGAGGCUAGGAGCGAAAUUAAAAUCUGCUCUGAUGGAGAUGGGUAUUUUCUCAUCAUUGGCUCGAAUGUGGUGUUAAGUGUGUAUGUAUGCAUGAGGUGACUAAAAAAGAAUUACCUCCUUACGAUUUCGAAAAGCUUCCGAGCAUUGAUUCAUAUCCAGCUUUACAUCUAUUCAAAACUUGACAUAUUUAUCAUCCCCUCCAAUGAAAGAGCUAAAAACCAGGGUUCGAGCAGUGAUGUGUACGCAAGCAUCCGUCUUCAAGGUUCUCCUAUUCCUUAAUCACCUGCAGUAUCUGCCCUGGUUUCCGGUGCUUGCGCUCGGUCUCAGCGUUCCCGGCGAGGCGGGCUACGGUAGUUGGGCAAUUCUUGGUCUAUCUAAAAUUCGAGAUAUGUUGCAUCGGCUUGCCGAAUGCGUACUGAUUUUAGGCGUCCUUCCGAUAUUUCCGUUUCGGGACUUUUCGAUGGCCUCCUUUCCCCACAAGCACCCCACGAAUACCCAUGACAGAACCACGCCGCGUAUACUCGUGCGCCGAGAAAUCUCCCAUGUUUCCCAUGCAGUAAGCCUGGUUUGUCGCAAUUGGGAUCGCCGACGAUGGAACGACGGUCCGUCCGGUCAAGGUAUGGUAGCUUGGAGUCGGCGAGAAAUGCGAUUCAAGUGGUGGAGGAACAUUGAACGAAAUGCUUUUGCAAGGUCACAGCUGAAAACUACCUGCUUUCGCAACGUCGUCCGCGUCUAGGAUGUGACAUCACUCGCAUCAUGGAGCCCCUGCGCCGGUAUUUGAUAAUAUAUAUAAAGAGCCUCUCGUCUCUUGGCGACGCCGUGGAACAAUCUAACCACAGCACCGUCACCGUCAUUCUCAGAUACCCAAGGACUCAGACCCCGGAAGAUAUCUUUAGCCCGCCAUGAAGAACU